AUGGUUCUGUCUAAGGAAAUGCGACGGGACAUAGUACGCUGGACUCAAGAAGGCCGGACGCGCAAGGAGGUUGCCCAGCUCGCGAAAUGUCACCUCGAAGCCGUGCAGACCAUCCUGCGAUUGUGGCGCGAAACUGGCAAUGUCGAUAAUCCUCACGCACUCUCUCGCGGCGGCACCCGUAUACUCAACACUAUACACCGCAACUGCAUUCGUGCACUACAUGCCCAGAACCCCACCCGCUACCUCCAUGAGUAUCAGGACGCCUGGUGGGAGGUUCACGGCAUCGAUGUCUCUAUCGCCACUCUUUGUCGUGGAAUGGCACCCAUGAAGUAUUCGCACAAGCAGAAAUCGCCAGCAGCCUUUGAACAGAGCCAGAAGGCCGCAUCACUCUCAAUCUCGAGGGUCGGCUUUCCGACGUACUGCAAGGCAAAAGCACAGAUAUAUGUCACCAAUACGGGCUAG